AUGAAUCACAUGAUCAUUGCUUUGGUGCCUAAGGCUAAUCAUGCAACCACCAUGGGAGUCUAUAUGCCUAUUGCGCGUUGUAAUUCGAUUUAUAAGUUCCUUAGGCAAUACAACCGGAAGAGAGUUGUUCCUAGAUGCCUUCUCAAAAUUGAUCUUAGGAAGGCAUAUGAUUCGGUUGAUUGGGAUUUCCUAAAAAGGGUGCUUGAAGGGCUUGGAUUUCCAAUAAAAUUCAUUGGACGGGUGAUGGAAUGCAUUACUGUCCCUACUUACUCCAUUGCACUUUAUGGAAGCCUUUAUAGAUUCAUAAAGGAAAGGAGGGCGCUUCAUCAAGAUAACUUGGCAUUUACGGAUUAUUUGAUGCUUUAUGCUAGAGGGGAUGUUAUUUUGGUUGGUAUCUUGAUGGAGUGCUUAUCCAAAUUUGGAGGAUGUCGGGAUUAA